GACGGGCGGAAGCGGAAGAGCUGUGUGUGUGUAUUGUGUCUUGUGCUGUCACUGUAUUUUUGUGUGAGGGGACAGAGAUGGCUGCUCAGCUGCCCUCCAUUCCGGCACAGUUCAAGUCUAUCCAGCAUCACCUGAGGACAGCACAGGAACAUGAGAAGAGGGACCCUGUGGUGUCUUAUUACUGUCGCUUGUAUGCUAUGCAAACUGGAAUGAAGAUUGAUAGCAAGAGUCCAGAGUGCAGGAAAUUCCUUUCAAAACUCAUGGAUCAGUUGGAAACACUAAAGAAACAGCUUGGAGACUGCGAGUCCAUAACUCAGGAGAUCGUUGGCAGCGCUCACGUGGAGAAUUAUGCACUGAAAAUGUUCCUGUAUGCAGACAAUGAAGACAGAGCUGGGAGGUUUCAUAAGAACAUGAUAAAGUCUUUUUAUACAGCUAGCCUUUUGCUUGAUGCAUUAACUGUAUUUGGCGAGCUGACUGAAGAGAAUGUCCAACACAGAAAAUAUGCCAGAUGGAAGGCAACAUAUAUUCAUAACUGCCUUAAGAAUGGGCAGACACCAGAAUCUGGGCCAAUUGGACUAGAGGGGGAAGAUUAUGAUGAAAAUGAUGAUCAGGCAAUGUUUUCCAUGACUGGUCAAGCAUCGGAACGAACAUCUUCCACAUAUCAACCUGGAAAUGUGCCAUCAUCUAAUUUCACUGGUAUUCAGAUUCCCCCUGGGGCACAUGCACCUGCCAACACUCCAGCAGAACUUCCUCCCGGCUCAGGUGCAUCAGGCACAAACAUUGCUCAUCCAGUGCCACAGAACAUACCUGUUGUAGAUCCAUCACUGUAUAAUACACCAGCACAAGGUGAAGGUCGUCUGACACCAGAAGACUAUGCCAGAGCACAGAAAUACUGCAAAUAUGCUGGCAGUGCUUUACAGUACGAGGAUGUUAAUACAGCAGUGCAGAACCUCCAGAAGGCCUUGAAGCUUCUCACCACUGGCAGAGAGUGAUUGUCACACCAUGUGCAGCUCUACUUAGUGAUUCCAUCUGAAAAGUUCUUGAUUCAUAAAAGCUGCAAUGAUUCGCUCAAUUUUUAAUCCUUCAGCAACAGGGUGAAGGCUAAUCCUUUAAAUAAAUGACAGUUUACUAUGUU